UGGCUGCGCACACAGCGACUAAACGUGUCUUGUGAAAUGCCGCACGGACUGGCGAGGUCGUGUUGUGUUUUCAGUAAGCGCAGACCGACAUCAUGUCUGCAGACUUGCAUUCGAAGGAGCAGCAAGAUAUCAUACAGUGGCACUGUACUUUUGCCCAAGACAGGCUUUCCCCAGCGAAUCACAGGCGCGAAAAGGGCCGAAAACGAUGAGAAGAUCGCUAAAUACGCAUGCUUUGAAGAGCACUAUGCAUGGCAACGUGAAAACAACAAGGGACCCGACUUCAUUCUUCAUGACGGGCCUCCAUAUGCGAAUGGUGACACGCACUUGGGGCACGCCGUCAACAAGAUUCUGAAGGACAUCACCAUCAGGCAUCAUUCCUUAAAAGGUGACCGAGUGCACUUUGUGCCAGGCUGGGACUGUCAUGGCCUCCCCAUCGAGACAAAAGCUCUCACUGCAGCUGAAAGCCAUGGAACGCCAACUGAUGUUCGCUCCAAAGCACACAGCUUUGCGUCUGCCACCAUUCAGAAGCAGAUGAACUCCUUCAAGCAUUGGGGUGUCAUGGCCAACUGGAAGGAACCGUACAGGACAUUCGAUGUCACCUACGUCACAAAGCAGAUUGAGGCCUUUUAUGAUCUCUACGAAAAGGGCUAUGUUUUUCGAGACUUCAAGCCCGUCUACUGGUCGCCAUCUAACCGAACUGCGCUUGCUGAAGCUGAGUUGGAGUACAAUGUCAAUCACGUUAGCAAAUCUGUGUAUGUUGCCUUCCCGCUAGUCAAAGUGCCGGACGCUGUGCGAAGUGUUUUGCCAAAGGGCGUUGAGCUUUUGGCACUGAUAUGGACAACCACACCGUGGACCCUGCCAGCAAACCAGGCCAUCUGCUUCUCAUCGAAACAUCAGUAUAGCAUUGUUCGAAUGAGCACCACUCGGAGACACUUGCUCGUGGCUUCGGACCUGAUCUCUCAUCUUCAACAAAAGCUCAAAGAAGAUUUAGAGAUUGUAGCCACUUUCACAGGAAGUGACACGUUGUCGAACGCCACGUACGCACACCCCCUCUAUCCUGACAAGGAGCUGAGGUUUUUGCCGGGAGACUUUGUAACCAUGGAUAAAGGAACGGGACUGGUCCAUUCGGCUCCCAGUCAUGGCUUUGAAGAUUACCAGAAUGCCCUGAAGCACAGUAUAGCAAUGGAGGACUGUCUUGUGGACGAAGAGGGACGUUUCACGUCGAGCUGCAGGCCAGAGCUGCGCGGUCUUCCGGUGCUGACCGAGGGCUCCGAGGCCGUCACAAAACUGCUGGCUAAUCACGUCAUCCAAACUGGCAGCUACACCCACAGUUAUCCCUACGACUGGCGCAGCAAACAGCCCGUCAUCGUCAGGUCUUCCCGCCAGUGGUUUAUCAACCUCGACGACGACAUGAGGCAGCGUGCGCUGGACUGCCUCAAACGAGUGCAGAUUUUGCCGGAAUCAGCGCGCACCAUGUUUGAGAACCAAUUGGCACAGCGACCCCACUGGUGCAUCUCCAGGCAACGGUACUGGGGUGUCCCAAUACCGGUGGUUUUUCAGGAUGAAAAGUCACUCACUUCAAGAGAAUUCAUCAGACACGUCUGCAAUCUUAUGAAUGCAAGAGGACCGGACGUGUGGUGGACAGCCACUGACAAGGAGCUUUUGCCUGAUGAAGUGCGCAAACAGUUUGGAGUUGGUAAGAAUGUGGCUUUAACACGAGGCCGAGACAUUAUGGACAUCUGGUUAGACAGUGGGCUCAGCUGGAAGAUGGUUCUUCCAGAACCUUGCCAAGCAGACGUCUACCUGGAAGGCCUCGACCAGGUUCGAGGUUGGUUCCAGUCUUCACUACUCACGAGUGUCGCACUUACGGGCAAAGCACCUUACAGGAAGCUGUACAUGCAUGGCUUCACUCUGGACGCUGAGGGUCGCAAGAUGUCCAAGUCGCUGGGCAACGUCAUUGACCCCGAGACGAUAACAAAGGGUGGAAAAGACCUCAAGAAGGACCCCGCCUUUGGAGUUGACGUGCUUCGGUGGUGGGUUGCCGCCCACACUAGUAACCAUGAAAAUGUUCCUGUUGCCAAGCACGUCCUGGUAGAGUGCCAAGAAAACGUUGCAAAGCUCCGAGGUACGCUCAGGUUCUGCCUUGGAGCACUCUCCGACUUCGAUCACUUGCAUCACGUGUUGCCGUACGAAGAGAUGCUGCCAUUAGACCGGUUCAUGCUUCACCUUCUGGGCGGAUUUCACAAUCGGGUUAUGUCCCUGUACGAUGAAAUGAGGUACAACCAUGCCUGUUCUGCUGUGCUAAACUUUGUUGUGAAUGAAGCAUCGUCUUUCUACUUCCAAGCUGUGAAGGACAGGCUCUACUGCGACGUGGAGGACUCCGCGAGUCGGAGGUCCUGCCAGACGGCUCUGAGCCAUGUGCUAGACGUGCUGGUGAAGCUUACCGCUCCUGUAGUUCCGCACCUUGCGGAAGAGGUUUUCUACCACCAUGCAGACCCUGGCAAGUACGACACCGGUGUUUUCCGGCGCACGUGGCACACACCUCCGAAUGACUGGGAACGCCUGGAGUUUUCCCAGUUGGAGAAGCCACUUGCGAAGCUGAGAGAAGUCGUGAAUAAAGCUGCUGCCAAGUCUCGGCCAGUGCUGCACGACAUCAAGAUCAUCACUGCCAGUGGGGACAGCCCUUUGGCCACCAGCCUUAGGGUUCUCCAGCCAGAAGAUUCAGCUGUUCACUCAGGGCUGACUGAUGUGCUGCAAGUGGCUUCGGUCACUUUUGAACAAGACGAUGAGCUGAUAGCACAAGUCGAUUCUGACAGGGCUGCGAUUGUGGAUGCAGCGGAUGAAAAGAUGUUGGUUGUGCUUGAGCCCACAAAGAUGGCUGCCUGUGAGCGGUGUCGACGCAACAUCUCCAGUGAAGAGGGCCGCCUGUGCACCAGGUGUGAGGCUGUUUACCAGAGAUUGAACUUCAAAUGGGGUGUUCACACGGACGAUGCUGUUACAGCAGAACAAGAAGACAAAGUCCAGACAAAAUCACGGACAUAGAGGAAGAAGUUGCCCUAGGCUCUGUAAUUACAAGCAAUCUCAGUAUGUAAUGAAAUAAAUGUUUUGUUUCCUUGC